ACUCGACAUCGCUAAUGUGCGAUGGUUUGUACCGAAAGGUCAAGACCGAUGGCGGCCGUCGCCCGUCGCCCGUGGUGUCGCCGAACUCCGGUGGUGAUCGUGGUGACCCUGGUGGCUCUUGGAGGUGGCCUUCUUGCAGCCGGAUUCGCAGGAUCUGCACUUGGAAUGCAGGCCCGGCCGCGGCUGCAGAGACAUGUCGCCACCCCAGCGGACGGAGAUCAAGCCCAGCGGCCACCCACGCUCUGCCUCAGCAAGGGCUGCGUCACAGCCGCAUACAACUUGCUGAACGACAUGGACACCAAUGUGGACCCGUGCGACGACUUCUACGCCUUCGCGUGUGGCGCGUUCACCGAGCGCACAGUCAUUCCGGACGAGAGGUCGUCCGUCACGAGCUUCUACCUCUUGGGCAACGAAAUCGAGAUCAAAAUGAGGAAGCUGAUCGACACGCCAAUCUCAACUGAUGACACUUCAGCCACGGUCCUGCUUAAGAAAUACUUCAACAGCUGCAUGAAUAAAGAGACCAUCGAAAAGCGAGGCCUGCAGCCACUUCACGACAUCUUGGCCAAGAUGGGAGGAUGGCCUGUGCUAAACGGUUCGGCAUGGGACGAUGCUGCCUUCCAUUGGACGGAGGCCGUGUAUCGGAACCGGAAGUUGGGGUACUCACAGAAUGACAUAUUUUGGUUUGGCAUCCUACACGACUUAAAAGACCCCACAAGGAACAUCAUCAGCCUUUUUGACCCGGCUUUGGGCCUCGAAAGGGCAUCGCUCAUCAGAGGUUUCAAUGACUCAGAUGUGCAGGCCUACUACGGCUACAUGGUAGACAUGGCCGUUCUGCUGGGAGCCGAACCAGGCAUCGCCAAACAAGACAUGGAAGCUGCGCUUCACUUUGAAAUGCAGCUCGCCAACAUGUCGCUGGCGAAAGAGGAACUUCGCGACGUUUUCAAACUUUACCACAAGAUGACUCUCGACGAGUUGAGCCUGUUGGCACCUACCAUUCCCUGGGUGACCUACGCCAAUAAACUAUUGGAAGACGUCGGACACCAGGUUUCGAGUAGCGAGUCCGUCUGGGUCGCCCACCCAGAGUUCUUUAAGGACCUGGCCUCGCUGCUGAAGACAACGCCGAAGAGAGUACAGGCCAACUACCUUCUUUGGCGUGUGGUGGAGGCGUCCGUGAGCCAGCUGAACCUGGCCUCCCGUGACGCGCGCCUCAAGCUCUUCGGUCAGGUGUACGGCACCACCGAGCACGGGCCCCGCUGGAAGCAGUGCCUCGACGACAUCAUGCACCGCUUUGGAAUCCCAGUAGGAUCACUGUACGUGAAAAAUCACUUCGACCAAGACUCGAAGACGGCGGUCCUGAAGCUGGUGUCUGAUAUACACAAGGAGUUCGAUGCGAUGCUGCUGGAGGCUGCCUGGAUAGACCGUAUCACGAGGCAGCGAGCAAUUCAGAAAUCGAAGGCCAUGACCUAUUACAUAGCUUACCCAGACGAACUGCUUAACGACACGAUGGUAAGCGAGCUCUACGAAGAUCUACAGCUCACCGACGACGACUUCUUCCAAAACAUGCUGAACAAUAACAUUUUCAACACCAACUACUUCUACAGCAAACUACGUGAGCACGCCGACAAGAACGACUGGCGAGAAUUCGGCGAAAUCACAGCUGUCAACGCCUUUGCGAAAUCGACGAACGGCAUCACGUUCCCCGCGGGUAUUUUACAAGGCACUUUCUACAGCAAUGACAGGCCUAAGUACAUGAACUACGGAGCCAUCGGAUUCUUGAUCGGUCACGAAAUAACCCACUUGUUCGACGACAAGUUCAGCACUGACAUCUCUCCGCGCGACAGGGCCGCCAGUUUAACCGCCGAGGCAAGCUCCAGGAAUGGUGGGAGCCGGAGACGCGCAGCCCGCUUCCUGGACAGCGUCCAAUGCAUCAUCGAUCAGUACGGCAACAUCACCGUCGACAGGGUCAACAUGCAGGUAAACGGCAUCCUAACCCAGGGCGAGAACAUCGCCGACAACGGCGGCAUACUGAAGGGGCGCGAGCCGGCGCUGCCCGGCCUGCAGCAGUACACCAGCGAGCAGAUGUUCUGGCUGGGUACCGUCAACACCUGGUGCGCCGUCUACAGGGAGGAAGGGCUCCGGCAGGUGAUGCGCUCCAGCAACCACGCGCCCUCGUUUGUGCGUAUGAACACGGCGAUCAAAAACACCGAACAGUUCGCGCGUGACUGGCAGUGCCCGGCCGGCUCGCGCAUGAACCCCGUGGACGGCUGCCGUGUCUGGUGA